GGCUUCCAAGCAGAAGUAAAAUAUAAGUCGCGGCGAGCGGACGUGUUUGAAAAAUAGAAACGGAAAAACAAAAUGAAAAAAGUGCGAUUACCAUAGAAAAACAGAGAUUUCAAAUUAUGAAGAAAAGCAAAUGAAAAAAUAUAAUAAAAUAAAGCACAGUGCGUGAUUGGCAGUUAGUGCAGUGUUGUGAAAUUUCCAACUGAAUUUAACGGUUAUUUGCGAAUGCCGAAUUAAAAAGUGCAAACAAAAACGUGACGCCAGAUUUUCAAUAUUCUCGAGCACGAAAAUCAUGUGUUUUUUGUUAUACCCUUGUGUUUUGUGUUAAAUGUUGUAGCUGACGAAACAGAAAACCAAAUACUAAAAUUGUGUGCGGCAAAAGUGCCUUGCUUUGUGUUAUUAUUAUUAUUAAAUUCAGUUUACAGUUUAACUCACACAAACACAACGCAAACAAAACCUUAAAAAAAAAAAAAAAACGCAAAAAAGUAAAAAUAAACCAAAAGCGUACCGCGAAAUUUGCAGGUUAGCCGAAAGGGGCGAAAAAAUCAAUUAUAUGUUGGCCAGUGCCGGAUUUGCAGUGGAAUCGGGUUGAGUGCCAUCGAUAACCACACACACAUAAUGACGGAGCACCAGGCGGAGGAGCAGGCGUCACCGCCUCCGACCAAGGUCAAGGCAACGCCCACACCCACCCCAAACGCCAAGUUCAAGGACAUUAAGGAGGAGGGGUUUUUGUCCACCUCUCCGGACAGCGCCAAUGGCGAUGCCCAGCAGAAGGUGCCAGCAGAUCAACUGGCCAUAUCCUCGAAUGGCCUGCAUCCGGAGAAACCGGGCGGAGCCCGUUCCCUAAUCCUGCAGGCCUUUCAUCAGUGCUCCUCGCCGGAACAGUGCGUCACGCUACAUAAUAUCUUGGACUCAUUCAAGGCACCAUUGUCCGAGGAUCAGGCUUGGGCCCUGAUCCACCAAUUCGCCGGACUCUACCAUCAAGUUGCAGUUCAGGCGAGCACCUGUGCAGCGGAUUAUGAGGCCUUGUUGCCCACCGGAUUUGAGCUGCACUUUCACCGCGACGGCAGCGUCCAUUUUUCCGGCCAGGAGCAACUGCCACCUAAGGAGCGACUGCAAGAGGAACUAAUUCCCCAGGAGCAGGAAGAUAUCGGGGAUCAGCCGGACCACAGCGCCAGUAGCAGUGGCGACAGUAGCGCCAUCGCAAUUAACAGAGCCUUCGACAACAACCAUCACCAUCAUCAUCACCACCACCAUCAUCAUCAGCACACGCCGCUCGUCGUUUCGCAUAGAAAGAUUAUCAGCGAACUGGCGGAAAUCGUCUAUACCGCAUUGGAUUACAAUUUGCCGGAGGACGAGGAGUGCCAAAUGUCACAGGAGCUGGAGAAUCUAUUUAACUUUAUGACGGCCGAUGAGACAGACGAUGAUUGCAUUGACGAGGGCAUCGACGAGGGCGACAAGCGCUGGGACGACGACUCCGAGGAGGAGCGCAACGAUACCAAAGAACUAGAGCACAUAAUCGAGACCUGCAGAAAUCACAUAAAGACGACCCUGCCUGAGAAUCACUAUAGAGCUGUUUGCAGAGCCCUCGUAACCGAGACCAUAGAACUCCGAGUUUUUCUGCAACAGGUCCUUAACAACGCAGGUGCCGAGAAGCUGAUCAAGGCUUCGGAAUCUUCAGCCACCACGCAACAAGAACUGGCGAAGCUGGGCUUCAACGACUGGGCACGCUUCUGGGUGCAGGUGAUCGACGAACUGCGUCGGGGUGUGCGGCUGAAGAAGAGCAACCACGAACGCACACCCAUUGAGUACGAGCUGACGCCCUACGAAAUACUCAUGGGCGAUAUUAGAGCCAAAAAGUAUCAGUUGCGCAAGGUGAUGGUGAAUGGAGAUAUUCCGCCGCGCGUCAAGAAAGAUGCCCACGCCAUGAUCUUGGAGUUCAUCAGGUCACGGCCGCCGCUGAAGAAGGCCAGCGAUCGCCAAUUGGGGCCACCCCGCAUGUGCGAACCUUCUCCGCGAGAACAGCUGAUGGAGUCCAUCCGGAAGGGCAAGGAGCUCAAGCAGAUCACACCGCCGGAAGUACCGACAUUGAGGAAGAGCAUGCUUCCAAGUGCAAACUCCACGCUGUCACGAUCCAGACAGCGGCUCAUCAAAGUGGAUUUCUCCAAGUUUCAGGACGAUGAUCUCUUCUAUGAUGAGUCCAGCAUUAGUAGCUCCCACUCCACAGCAGCCACCCACCAGCAGCACCACCAGCAUCAUCCUCAUCUGGCCGAGAUGCACCGUUGCUCGCAGCCCAAGAUGCCGCCAUAUCCAUUCGGUGGCUACAUGGUGCCCAGUCAAGCACGACAAGAUUGCCGGGAGACGGCGUCGCUGAUGCGGCCCCGACGCACAAUGGAGCCAGCAAGACAGGCGGCGCCUCCAGAAGAGCCAUCCUUCACGGAGGACGAGUACCACAGGUUCUACGACACGGCCCUGGAAUCCUACGACCUGGCCACUCAAUGCGAGUCGAGGAGGGCUUCCCUGCGGCGCCACACCAUCGUGGGAUGCCAGAGCAACCUGGACGAGACGCACUCCAUGCCGCCCACGCGGCCCGAGUCACGUCAAUCGGACGACGUCAGCAAGGAGACGCCCAAGAAAAGUCCUUCGGAUAUGACCCAUCCCUCAGACGAGGCCAGUUCAACAUCCUCGCUUGGCCCAUGGAACAAGUCCUUCAUGGACAAGCAAACCUGGAUGGAACGGGGGGACGAUCGCCUGUCCGUCACUCUGGCGGAGAUCGUUCACAUCCGUUCCGUCAUGACCAAGGCGGAGCUGGAGGGCCUGCCAAUGGACGUGCGCGUCAAGGAGGAUGUUGAAAAGCGUCGCGUCUGCUUCCUGUGCCUGCGGACCCGUUUUUCGUUCUUCGGUCCUUGGGGCAUCCAGUGCAAGCUGUGCCAGCGCACCGUCUGCGCCAAGUGCUACACCAAGAUGCGCAUUCCCUCGGAGCACUUCCGCAAUGUGCCCCUUGUGCUGAUCUCGCCAUCGCUGCUGUCCAGUCCGGCCAGCUCGAGCACCCCAUCACCCUCCCAUCAUGCCCAGCAGGCGCAUUCGUCAUCGACGGGGAAUAUAAUGGACGACCAGUUUCCCAAGUCGCUGAUCGAGCGUCUCCUGCGCUCCGAGUCAGAGCGAAAGACUCGCAGCACUGUGGGCAGUGCCCCAUCCUCACCCAAGCACCAAAGAUCAAACAUGAGCACGCCGGGCAUUAGCGUGGGUCCCGGAGCAUCCUCAUCCUCGGCGGCCACCACUGGCCACGCUGUGGAGGCGCUACACGACCAGGCAACCAUGUCGGCCUCCUAUUCCGCAGCCAUGCGACCCUCGGGCGUUCAUCAGCAGCAAAAGCAGCACUACAACAACGCCAUGUCAAGAAGCAUGGAGGGACCUCGGAGUCUGCCCGUGCACAGCCCAGCAUAUCGACCGCUUUCCAACAACAGCACACUGGAGAGAAAAUCUCGCUUUUCGAGGGGCUUUAACCUUUUUUCCUCUGGUAGCCAUCUUGCCCAGACACAGGAGCAGAAAGAAAACCUGCGUGGCGAGCAGGUGACCGUGUGCAACGACUGCCAGGGAUUGGUCAACGAGAUCACCAGCUCCGUAAAGCAAAAGCGCAGCUCUGCCCGGAACCGCACCAUUCAGAAUCUCACCCUGGAUCUGACGCCUGUCUGGAAGUAGACCGGAUCGGAUAGGAUCGCAGUGUAGUGCGUUUGAAGACCGUAUGAUGGUCGCCAUGGAGUUCUAACGACUGACUUGGCUCUAUAACGUUAUACUUAUGACUUUGAUUGACUCAUCAUUAACGGACGAGGGGCAACGGACACUAUUUGAUUACUGACCACAUUUCAGAACUAUUUGAAUUUUGAUUUUCAACGUGACUGUUUUAUGGCCUUCGAAACGCACUUGAUUAUUUAGAUAUUUACAUAUAUAUAUAUGGAUUAGAUCGACUGUUGUACACAUUAAAGGAUAGAGCCUCAAGGAGCCUCGUUUGUAAAUCGUGUUAGUCUAGUGAAUAAGCAAAGAAGAAUACCGAGAAUUCCUGGCUGAAGCUUUGUACAUUUUCUGCCGGCUACAGAGAGAUCCGCUUGAGCGCACCCCACCACAUACUAUUUAUAAAGAAGAUAACUUACACAUCGCUAAACAUUAUAUUAUCGCAAUACGAUGCCGUUGUUUGUAACUGUUUAAUUUAUGCGUAAAUGUUGAUUAAGUACACGUAAUCGUAACUCUUGUAUCCGCGUAUAUCAAGUGCACAUAUAUUCGAUCUUAGUUCUAUCCCCAGGCUCUUGCUCUCAAUUUAGCAUGAGCGACUCUACGUAUCAUAAAGAAUAUAUCCAUAUUCGCAAUACGAUUCCCCAGUUCAGAGAAUGAAUUUCGGUUGUUGAAAAUACCAUAGUUAAUCCGAAAAUGUUGUGAAACUUUUGUGCUUGCGCAGAUCUUUGUUUACCUUGUGAAGUUUUCGUUUUGUUCCCCCAUUAUCUACUAUAAUGUCCGUGUAUAACGCAAGAACUACUUGAUAGCCUAAUUUAAUUUUAGUCGGUGUUGCAAUGCAACCCAAACUAUUUAGUUAAUUCAUUUAGUUUUAAUUCUACCCUGAGUGCGUAUAUUUUGUAAGCGAACCUUAACGAAAUCAUUGUAUUACCUACUAGUAACUGCUAUUAUAGUUUUCCAAGCAAUUUUUGAAAAUUUUUGUUUAUUUUCUCCGUAAUUGUAUAUGCAUUUAAUUACUUAUAAUAAUAAAUUUUAUGCUUUUAAGUUAAA